AUGCCUGGUAUGUUCCACCCUUACUUUGGAAGCUUCAGCAAUGCCUGGUAUGUUCCGGUUCCACCUUCCACCCUUCCUCUCGAGUUCGGGGUUCUGGGUUGUUUCAAACAAAAGCAACAACAAGGGCACCAACAGGGACAGCAACACGGGCAGCAACAGGGGCAACAGCAGCACGGGCAGCAACAGGGACAGCAACAGGGACAGCAACAGGGACAGCAACACGGGCAGCAACAGGGGCAAGUAUACACCAUAAUGGCGCGCACUGGUUCAUUCAUACGAAAGGCGGGCGCACAGGCAGAGAUCGUGCUGCGAGUGAAGCACAAGGGCAACCCCCCCUUCGCCUUCCUCUCAUCCAACCCCUCACACCCUCUUCCUUUCCCCCCGUUCUCCAGCCCCCAACAGAAAAGGUACCCCCGUUCCUCCCCUCCACCCCCUUUUCUCAUUACUCCCAUUCCCCUUUUCCUCCCCCACCCAUCUCCUGUUCCCCUUCCUUAUUUUUCCCAGCCCCCAACUGAAAAGAUUUACACCAUAAUGGUGCGGACUGCUUCAUUCAUACGAAAGGCGGGCGCACAGGCAGAGAUUGUGCUGCGAGUGAAGCAAAAGAGCAAUCCCGCCUUCGCCUUCCUCUCCCCUGACCACUCCUUACACCCCUUCUUCCGGUUCCUAGUGGCAAAUCCUCAGUUGGAUGAGGAGGAUGGGGAGAAGGAGGAGGGUAAGGAGGAAGGGAAGGAAGAGCAGGAGAGGGAGGAGGGAGUUGAGGGGAGGAAGGGGAAAGAGGAGGAAGAGGGGGAGGAUGAAGGGAGAGAAGGAGCCAGCAGAGAGGGGAGCGAAAGGCAACAGGGGGAACCAGCGGAGGAAGAUGGAGCAUCUGAGGAAAGGGUUACCGGGGAAAGAGUUAUCGAGGGAGUGGAGGGAAGUAGGUGGUUCACCGAGUCAGAACCUGCUGAAGCAGCGGAGGAGAUGGCGGAGGAGGGACGUGGGGAAGGUGGGUCUGAGAUCCCUGCACAGGAUAGUGCCUUCCCAGAACAACAGCCUCUCUCAGAACAGCCUCCCCCAGUUGAGCCUCCAGUGGUUUCAGAUGAGCCCCCCCCUCCUGGGAUGGAGACAGGAGAAGAAGCAGGGAGGGCGGAUCAAGGAGGAGGGGAGGGAGAGGCAGGAGAGGAAGGAGAGGAAGGUGAUGAAGGGGCGGAGGGAGGAGCGAAAGAAGCAGGCGGAGAAGGAGGAGCAGCAGGAGGAGCGGGAGGAGCAGGUGGAGAAGGAGGAGGACGAGUAGCACCAGGGGCGUUUUUGAGGCGCCUCAAAAACGACCUCAAUGCACGCGGAGGAGCGGGAGGAGCAGGCGGAGAAGGAGGGGGAAGAGUAGCACCAGGGGCGACAGGAGGGGAGGAGGCAGGCGAAGUGCCCGAGUCGGUGCGGGGGGUGGUGGGGAAGAUGGUGGAGUUCAUAGUGCGCAACGGGCAUGAGUUUGAGAGCAUUGUGCGGCAGCGGGACGCUGGGGAGGGGCGCUUUCCCUUCCUGCUGCCGGGAGACCGCUUCCACGCCUACUACCAGCGCACACUGAAAGAAGCUCUAGAGUCUGAAAGCAUUGUGCAGCAGAGGGAUGCUGGGGAGGGGCGCUUCCCUUUCUUGCUGCCUGGGGACCGCUUUCACGCCUACUACCAGCGCACACUGAAGGAAGCUCUAGAGCGGGGGUUUGUGGGGAAGAUGGUGGGGUUUAUAGCGCGCAACGGGCACGAGUUUGAGAGCAUUGUGCGGCAGAGGGGCGCUGGAGAGGGGCGCUGGAGAGGGGCGCUGGAGAGGGGCGCUGGAGAGGGGCGCUGGAGAGGGGCGCUCCCCGUUUCUCUUGCCGGGAGACCCGUUUUUCGCACCCACUACCAGCGAACACUCAAGGAGGCUCUGGAGAGUCUAGUUGCUGGAGUGAUGCGGGGUGUGGUGGGGAAGGUGGAGGGGUGUGGCGGGGAAGGUGGAGGGGUGUGGCGGGGAAGGUGGAGGGGUGUGGCGGGGAAGGUGGAGGGGUGUGGCGGGGAAGGUGGAGGGGUGUGGCGGGGAAGGUGGAGUGGAGUGGUGGGGAAGGUGGAGGGGAGUGGUGGGGAAGGUGGAGGGGUGUGGCGGGGAAGGUGGAGGGGUGUGGUGGGGAAGGUGGAGGGCCACCCCCUCGCCCUCGCCCCCCCACUGCGGUCCUACCAGGCGAACUGCCCGUGCCUGCAUGCCUCUCUCUCACUCCUCCCCUCCUUCUCCACUUUCCCCCCAUUCCUGCCCCUCACCUCCUCCACCACAGCGCGCCAAUGCCCCUCUUGUGUUGAUGCCUCAGCCAUCCCCUCAAGCUCGGGCCCCCACUGCCAUGCUGCCAGGAAAACUGCAUGUCCUUCUCCUCUUCCUGCCACAAUCUCAUUCUUGCUCCCCCCUGUCCUCUUCCUUGUCUCCUUUCCUAUCCGCCUCUUAUCCUGUCCCCACAUUCCCUUCCCCCCCACAGCGCGCCAAUGCCCCUCUGGUGCUGAUGCAUCAGCCGCCCCCCCGCCCUCGGCCCCCCACUGCCGUGCUGCCCGGCAAACUGCCCGUGCCUGCAUGUCUCUCUCUCAUUCCGCCUCCUGCCCCUUCCGCCCCCCCGCCCUCGCCCCCCCACUGCCGUACUGCCAGGCAAACUGCCCGUGCCUGCUUGUCUCAGUCUCAUUGCUUCCGUUCUUCCCCUCUAUCCCCAAUCCUCUCCCCCUUCUCCUUUUCUGUCCUCCCCCCCCACAGCGCGCCAAUGCUCCUCUGGUGUUGAUGCCGCAACCGCCCCCUCGUCCUCGCCCCCCCACUGCUGUCCUUCCCGGGAAGCUGCCCGUGCCUGCUGUCCGCAAACUGAGGGAGGCAGAGGCGGGUGUGGUUCUAAGAGAUGUGACUCUAGCGGGAGGGGAGUCUGGUAGGGGUGGUGAGGCGGAGGGAGGGGAGGAGGAGCGUGAGAGGGAGAGGGGGGAGGAGAAGGGGGAGGGAGCUGAGGGUGGAAAGGGUGGGGAGGGGAGUGAGAGUGAGGGAGAGGAGGGGACCAAGGGUGGGGAGGGGAGUGGGAGCGAGGGAGAGGAAGGGGAGAUACGAGGGCAGGCGGGAGGGAAGAGGGGCAAGAAAAGGGGCGUGCAAGAGUCGGAUGAGGAGGGGGAGAGUGGGGAGAUUGUGAGUGAGGGGGAGGGAGAGGAGGGAGAGAAGGGAGAGAAGGGAAAGAAGGGAGGAGAAGGAGGGGGUGAUAAGGAAGAGGAGGGGAGCAGAGAAGCAGCAAAGGGGGCAGCUGUGGCUGGUGGUAGGCUCAGUGCCGCAGCAGUGGCAGCAGCAGUGCGUGCAGCGACGAGCAGAUUCCUUCCCUCCUCUCACACCGCUUCUUCUGCCCUUCCAGCUGCUGCAGCAACAACCGGUGCUGCUGCCACUUCCACUGCUCCCUCUGUUUCACCCGCUGCUGCACCCGCCAAGGCUGCUGCUUUGGUGUUUGGAGAGGAAGAGACUGAGGGUGGGGCCGGGGGGAAAGGUGCUGCUGGUGGUGCUAGUGCUGGUGCUCGUGCUGCUGCUGGUUCAGGUGCUGGUAACACAGGUGGUAACCGCAUGAGCGCUGCAGCAGUGUUGGAGAUUCUGAGGGGAAGGAGGCCCGGGAGUGGACCAGGCAGGUCAGUCACUGGGCAGGGGUCUGCUCGUCCUGCUGGUCAAUCUGCUGCUGAAUUAUCUGCUGCACCUUCUGCUGCUCCUCACGCUACUGUCACUGGUGUGGCCCCUCCUCCAUCUCUCAUUCCUACUGCUGCUGCUCCUGGUGGUUCCGGUGCUGCUGCUGCUGCUGCUGUUGAUGGUGGUUCUGCUGCUGCUGGUGCUGCUGCGGUGCAAGGAGGGGCUGUUGAGGAACUAACAGCAGAGGAGCAGAGGCGGCUGGAGAGAAGGCGCAAGGCAAAGCUGUUCUCUGCCAUGCUCACCUCUACAGCCGGUGCUGCAGUAGUCUGUACGUCUGCUGCAGGGAGCAGUGCUGCUGCCGCUGGCGUUCCCACAGAAAGGGGCGGGGGCACUGAUGCGGCAGCAGUAGGGGGCAGUGGUGGUGUAACCACGCAAGGGGCUGAGGUUGCUCUGGCGGCAGCGGCGGCAGCUGCAGCAGCAGCAGUGGCCAAGGCACUGCCCCUUCUUGGCUUGUCAGGACAGGUUGAUGCUGGCGUUGGGAAGGGUGGAGGGGGAGGAGGGAGGGCAAGCAAAGGAGCAACGGGAGGAGCAUUUGGAGGGGCAAAGGCAGAGGUUAAUGGAGUGGAAAGUGGAUCGGUUAAGAUGGGGAAGGGGAAAGUUGGAUUGAAGGGAGAAGCAGAAGCAGGUUGUGCAGUGGGGAAAGAGGAGAGCAGGGAGGAGGGGGAGAGGAGCGAUGAAGAGGAGAGAAGGGAGGACGGGGAGGAGGAUGGGACGGAAAGGGGGAGGUCGAGGAAAAAUGAGAUGGGGAGUGGAAAGAGGAGGGUCCUCGUCCCCCUCAUCUCCCUCUCGGUCACUUAG